AUGUCGAGCUUCUUCGCUCGCGCUGCUCGCGCGAGUCUACGGACAUCACGUAUUUCGCCUUCCUUAGGACCAGCUAUUCGUUCUGGUCGCGCCUAUAGCACUACUUCGGACGCGGCAAAGUCUGUCGGCCUAAGCCCCGCUGCAGCUAUCUACGUCGGAUGCGUUGCCAGCACAGCACUGGGCUAUUAUCUGGGUCUAUCGAAGAGCGCGUCCAAUCAGCCGGAAGCUGUUGUACACGAACAGUCUUCUCAUGGCGGUGCUGGAGAACAUGAGGAAAAGGCUCGUCCCGAAGCGAACAAGCCGCAGUAUGGUGGUCCAGAGGACUUCGCGAAUGCUAUCGCGGAACUGCGGGAUGCCUUCAAGGAUACUCCUGACGUCGUCAGCACUGACGCGGACGAUGUCGAUGGGCACGGCAAUUCGGUCAGCAUUCCCCAAGAUGGGCGUGCGCAUGUCGCGGUGGUCUAUCCGUCCAGCACGGACGACGUAGUCAAGAUAGUCAAGAUCGCGACGCGACAUAAAACGCCUAUCAUCCCAUACUCUGGGGGGACAAGCCUCGAGGGGCAGUUUGUUGGCAGCGAGGUCGGCAGUAUAUGUGUAGACGUCUCCCGCAUGGACAAGAUCAUUGCCAUACAUGCUGAGGAUUCUGAUCUUGUCUGUCAACCCGGCGUCGGCUGGAUGGAGAUCAACGAGAAGUUGGAAGAUAUGGGCGUCCCUUUGUUCUUUCCCCUAGACCCGGCUCCAAGCGCAACCAUCGGUGGCAUGCUCAGUACAGGAUGCUCUGGCACUAACGCCGUGAGAUACGGGACCGCAAAGGGCGAAUGGUUUUUGAAUGCGACUGUGGUUUUACCCUCCGGUGAGGUGAUCAAAACACGUCGCCGUUCCCGCAAAUCAUCUGCUGGAUGGGAUACCACGAAACUUUUCAUUGGUGCCGAAGGUACUUUGGGUAUAGUCACCGAAGUGACCAUCCGUCUGGCGCCGCGCCUUCCGACCAAUGUCGCGAUUGUCCAGUUCCCGACCGUGCGCGAUGCCUCCUCUGCUGUCAUCGAUAUCUUGAACAAGGGCGUCGGCAUCCAGUGCAUUGAACUCGUGGAUGCCGCCUUCAUGGACGCGACAAAUAUGCAUGGUGGCUCUGUGCGAAAAUACGCUGUGGCCGAUCAUCUCUUCAUCAAGAUGCAAGGUCCGACGCCCAACUCGUUGUUUGAGACGGCCGAACUUGUUCAAGAGAUUGCUGCGCAGCAUGGAGGUAGUAACUGGAUGCUGGCGAAGGAUAGGGAGGAGGCAGACAGCAUGUGGAGCGACCGCAAGAACGCUCACUACGCAGGUCUCACGUAUGGCGGUCCGGGGUCACGCGGCUGGUCGACGGACGUUUGCGUACCCAUUUCGAAGUUGCCGCAGCUUGUGUACGACACUCUUCAGGACGUCGAGGCGUCAGGUAUCAGGAACACGAUCGUUGGACACGCUGGAGACGGGAACUUCCAUACGCUGUUGUGCUUUAAAAACGACGAGGAGCUCGCCAUUGUGCGCGACCUCGUUCAUCGCAUGGUCGAUCGUGCCAUUGACCUUGACGGCACUUGCACCGGUGAACACGGCGUGGGCAUUGGGAAGCGCGAGUUCCUCAACCGAGAACUUGGCGAGGGUACUGUUCGACUGAUGAAAACUGUCAAGAAUGCCAUCGACCCUCUUGGUCUAUUCAACCCCGGGAAAUUGUACCCAGACGACGAAGAGCUUCCACAUCACUAA